CUGUUUGAAUCGGUUUAUUAAAUAAUUAAAGCGACUCGCGCAUCCGUUCUUGAACCUAUGAUCAGCAUUUUUUCUUCUGCUUCGUUAUCAAAUAUCCACAUGUGUGGGAAACUAAUAGCUAUGUACUUUUCACUCAUCGUCUCUCGGUAAUCAAAUCCAUCCAAGUUUUCAUACAUCGCGGUGCUGUUAAAGUGUGCUAAAUUUACAUAGUUUCAGUUUUAUCGCUUUCGUUCGCGUAUUUUUAUUACCUACUGUUUGUAUUGAUUUUCGAGAAAAAAUCUUUGAAAGUGUUCCCAGUGCAUUCGUUCAAGAUGAGGAUCAUUUUUUGGGGGAAUUCUCUUCAUUCUGCUACACUCAUCUUACUCUAUAUUAAUGUAGCUGUGAAUAUGUUGUAUUUCAAAUCAGUCUGGUAUGAUUACCACGACACAGAAAAUGAGUAUAAUUUGAGAAUGUACACAAUUGGUAUUAUUCUGACGUCAUUUGAAACGAUCACAUUACUCAUCACUAUCUUCUCAGUGAAUAAGAAAAAAUCUAGUAUGGCGGAUUGGGCAAUCGUCACUUUGAUCUGCAACUCGUGUUUAAUCAUUUGCACCGCGGUAAUUUACCUCGCAGGAUCCGAGUUUAGGAUGAAAGUGGAAGAUCUUGCUCAUUUGAAGAAAAAUAUUUCCCAUCAGUCGUCAGCGUCGGAAUCCGAAUUCAGUAUAAAAACAAGAAUCGUCUUCACGAUCCUCAUCGAAUGCUUUUAUCGCUUUGGCUCUGUCGUUUUGAAGAUUUAUUCGGCAUUCACCAUUCAUCUGUACAAAAACGAGCUUGAAUUUCCUACGUUAAUGGAUAACCUUUUACAGAGGAAUAUUCCUCCUCCUCCAGCACCACCUGAAUAUGCGCUAUGGUAUGGACCUUCUCCUUCGAGUCAAGCUGAUUCAAAUGAGUAUGAAGCUCCACCUCCGUAUAGUGUGGUCGUCGUUGAGAGAUAUUAAGACUUAUUGAGGUCACGUCACAAGUGGAUGGAUCAUUUUUUUUUUAUUCUUUUAUAUUGUUUAAUGAGAUGUUGUUCCUUUAUAAAAUAAGUAUACUUUAUACCCAUU